UCACCUACCAAGGCGGCACAUGGAACGAUAUAUCUCAGCUCAGGAUGUCGCAGCACGAAACCACGCUGGCCAAGCUGGGCUGCAAUAUUUGCAACGACUGCCACCCACUCACGACGAGACCUUGUUCAUCCAAGAAGCAGUAUGAAGGAGUUUGCAUCCGCCCACAAGGGUGACCAAUCAUUCAUUGGCAGAAUCCCAGCGUCGAACAGUCAUACUGAUCGACCUCAGUCGAGGAUAUUACACGCGAUUACCUGCCGCGAUUCGGAACAUCAUCAACAGGCAGCGUCUUCCAACCAUGAUUUCGACACCGUCUGCGGUUUCGAGCAUCCUCCACAGAUCACUGCCCUGCAACCAGAACCCCUGCCCUGUCUGUAAAGCAACAGCACCGGAGCCUCAAUCAGAAGGUCUCUAUGAUGAACUCAAAUCUCCUUUUGGGAAGUUUUCCGAGGCGAACCCGGAUGUGCCUUCUAUUAAAAGGCCCCCUGCGCCAGUUCUGACCCCACAACCACGCGCUCGGAGAAGCCGUUUUUCAACCAAAGAUCCCUCGCGGUUUCUCGAACCCGGAUGUACCUUCUAUAAAAUCCUCCCUGCGCCAGUUCUGACUCCACAACCACACACUCGGAGAAGCCGUUUUUCAACCAAAGAUCCCUCGCGGUUUCUCGAACCCGGAUGUACCUUCUAUAAAAUCCUCCCUGCGCCAGUUCUGACUCCACAACCACACACUCGGAGAAGCCGUUUUUCAACCAAAAAUCCCUCGUGGUUUCUCGCCGGUUGGCCAAACACACACUUCCUUGUGUCCGUCUUUUAACUGGCCCGGCUGACCAAAUCCCACAAAUGGCCUGCCUACGGCUACCGAAACACAACAGGUCUCUAUGCUCUCAAGAUGACAACAAAGUUCGUCCCGUCUCUAGAGCGUAUUCGAUGAUGGGAUGAAAUUUGCUGUCAUUCUAAAUGUACUCGAGACGGGUUAUCGCAAACUGG